AUGGGAGACGAGCAGCUGGAUUUCGAGCUUUCCGAAGAGGUUCUGUCGGUGAUUCCUAUGGACCCUUUUGAGCAGCUGGAUCUCGCGAGGAAGAUCACUUCAAUGGCGAUAGCUUCAAGGGUGACGAAUCUGGACUCCGAGGUGGUAGAAUUGAGACGGAACCUUCAGGAUAAGGAAAGCGUUGUGCGUGAGCUCGAGGAGAAGGCUUCUCGCUUGGAGAGAGACUGUCGUGAGGCUGAUUCGAGGCUGAAGAUCGUCCUCGAGGACAAUAUGAACCUGACAAAGGAGAAGGAUUCACUAGCAAUGGCAGUAACGAAACUCAACCGUGAUUUAGCUAAGUUGGAGACAUUCAAGCGGCAGUUAAUCAAAUCCCUGAGCGACGAGAGUGGUCAGCAAACAGAACCUGUUGAUAUAAGGACAUGCGACCAGUCAGUUCAUGGAUCAUAUCCAGGCAAAGAUGAAAGGACUAAUUCAAUUGUCGAAGCUUCAAAAUACACAGGAAACAAAUUCUCAAUGACACCAUAUCUCUCUCCACGUCUUACCCCAACCGCAACACCGAAGAUUAUCUCCACAAGUGUAUCCCCUCGAGGCUAUGGUUCUCCUAAAAGAGCAUCAGGUGCAGUUUCUCCCACAAAGACAACAAUCUGGUACCCUUCAAGCCAGCAAUCAUCAGCUGCUAAUUCUCCACCUCGCAACCGCACACUCCCAGCUCGUACACCUAGGAUGGAUGGUAAGGAAUUUUUCAGACAAGCCAGGAGUCGAUUAUCCUAUGAACAGUUCAGUGCCUUUUUAGCUAACAUAAAGGAACUCAACGCACAGAAGCAAACCCGAGAGGAAACUCUGAGGAAAGCUGAUGAGAUAUUUGGGGAAGAUAACAAAGACCUCUACCUAUCAUUCCAAGGUCUUCUCAACAGGAACAUGCGUUAA